GGUUAGUUUUCCUUUAUUUUUAAGAAAUAAUCAUCAUAAGAUUAUGAUUUCCAUUGCUGCUUCUGUUCGGUGGAGCAGAGAUAAGAAGGGCACCGACAAAGGAGAUGAGGAAGAGAAGGAGGGCAGCGAUGGAGGAGAUGAUGAGGUAGAUGGUGAAGAUCGGCGGAAGAGAAGAAGUGCAGUGACAGAGGAGAAGAUCGACGAACGAUCGGUGGAAGAGAAAUCGACGGACGAUCGACGAAGAGAAGAUCGACGAAGUGGCGGACGAUCGGUGGAAGACCCUUAUGCAGUUCUGUUGGUACUUGGUUCCUCCUGAAUCUGGAUUUUGCAAUUUGUUUCCAGUUUCCACUGUCCCGAGCUGCUGAUGAUUUUAGAUUCUUAGGGUUUUUAGUUUUUAGUUUUUACUUAGUUAAUUAGUUUAAU